CUUCCACGUGUCUUCAUCUCCUUCAUUCCCAAUUACCUCAUAUAUAUUCAGAUCUAGCCGCAUUUCUCUUCCUUCUCAUCGGAGGUUCACCGGAGCUCUCUCUCUACAUCGGAAAAAUGGCGUUCAUCGCUCGAAACGCAAAACUUCUCACCGGAACGACGCCGUUUCUACAACGAACGGCGGCGGCGGCAGCUUCGAUCCACACAACACUUCCAUCCCUAUCAUCUUCUCCGGCGACUUACGGUAACGCACAGCCUCCGGCAAUGACGCCCCCACCAGGAAUAUCGAAACCGGCGGAGUAUGUGAUAUCUAAGGUUGACGAUUUGAUGAAUUGGGCACGGCGUGGAUCAAUUUGGCCUAUGACUUUUGGAUUAGCGUGUUGUGCUGUAGAAAUGAUGCAUGCGGGAGCUGCGCGAUACGACUUCGAUCGAUUUGGGAUUAUUUUUAGACCUAGUCCUAGACAAAGUGAUGUCAUGAUUGUUGCUGGUACACUUACCAACAAAAUGGCUCCUGCUCUUCGCAAGGUCUACGAUCAAAUGCCCGAGCCAAGGUGGGUCAUUUCCAUGGGGAGCUGCGCAAACGGUGGAGGAUACUACCAUUACUCAUACGCUGUCGUGCGAGGCUGUGACAGGAUUGUUCCUGUUGACAUUUAUGUUCCAGGUUGCCCACCUACUGCCGAAGCUCUUCUGUACGGACUUCUUCAACUGCAGAAGAAGAUAAAUAGGCGCAAGGAUUUGCUUAUGUGGUGGACCAAAUAAGAGCCUUAUUAUUUAUGUUUCCAUCAAUGUGUGUGGAAAUAAACCUUUGGCCAAGGAAGAGAGAUCUUGUUUUUCUCUCUUUUGAACCUUCUAUGUUUCGUUUGUAUGUUAAUCUGAUAUUUAGUGGUGUACUGUCUUAACCUUUUUACUGUUGGUAUACCUCAAUAAAGCUACUGUGUAUCCUCUACAACUGAGGAAUGGAUUCAAAUAUUUUGGUUGUGAAGUGUAAUUGAUAGAUUGAGAAGUGCUGUGCAUGAAAA